CUGGAAAUAACGACCCUCGUUGAAAACCCGUCUUCGUUCAUCUAGCCACCGAGACAACGUCGCUCGAAGCCAAGCGCGGCGUCAACAAUAUCAAAACUCUGGGCUGUUCAUCGUUUUGUUCUUCCCCUAACAGCCCCUUGAGAUAGUCCCUUUUUGCAUGUUAUGGUUCAUCCUCGAGUGUAGGUAGCUCGCUUGUUCCGCAUCGCGCGGUUGUCAGACCGCCUCCAUCGGUCAGCUAUCGCGCUUGCGCCUCGCCGGCGGCCACCCAAUUGAACGUCACCGCGAUUCCGUUUGACAAUGGCGCAACAAAGUAACGCAUCUGGCCCACCGCCGGUACACGGCGCGCCCACACAGCCGCCCGCAAAGUCGGAAACCGCGACACCGAAGCUAAACAAUGAGAUGGAACUCGGCAACAUGCCGGGCGAGCCGGCACAAUACGACAUCAUGCAAAUGGCUAGGAUAGGUGACAUUGCGGGCAUGGAGAAGCUGUUUGAGACGGGGGACUAUGAUGCGACAUAUUCCGACGACGAAGGCAUCACCCCGUUACAUUGGGCGGCCAUCAAUAAUCAGUAUGCCAUGUGCAAGUUCCUCAUCGAGCGCGGUGCCCCGAUAAACAAAAAGGGAGGCGAGAGCGUCGCAACGCCGCUGCAGUGGGCCGCCCAGCGCAGCCACUACUACACCGUCCACCUGCUCCUCCAGCACGGCGCCGACCCCUUAAUUACCGACGCCCAGGGCUAUAAUACGCUACACAUCAGCACCUUCAAUGGCAACCUUCUCCUUAUCGUGCUGCUGCUCCACCAAGGCAUCCCAGUCGACGUCGAAGAUGCCUACGGUCAUACCGGCUUGAUGUGGUCUGCAUACAAGGGGUAUCCCGCUUGCGUCGAUGUCUUCCUGCGGUGGGGCGCCAGCGUGCACGCCAAGGACGAGCAAGGCUUCACCGCUUUGCACUGGGCGCUCGUCAAGGGGAGCCCUGGGUGUAUUCAGAAGCUCAUUGAGUACGGCGCAGACCGGUUUGCCAAGACGACAACGGGGAAGACGCCGUCCAUUACGGCCCGCGAGCUGAACACGGCCCCGGCCUGGCAUAAGGCGCUGUAUGAAUGUGGCUAUGAUGAGGAAGGGAACGCCAUCGUUCCGAGCUGGCCGGGUGCGUCUUAUCUCCUGAAGGACAGGAGGGGUUUCACGACCAAGUUCUUCUUCCUCUGGCCAUUCGUCAUGGUCUGGAUUACCUUGGUCAUUAUUGCCGGCAUGCCCGUGUACGCGGGGAUUCCCAUCGGGCUUCUGGCUGCCUACACAUGCCAUUGGGUAGGGACACAGGUUAUUGCUUUUGCCCCGCCAGACAUGAGGCAGUUUGAGAAGACGCCUUGGAUGACGGGGAUAUUUGCUGCUUCGUUAACCUUAGUGGGCCUCAAUUGGCUGUUCACAAUCUUUCCGAAUACCGCAUACUCGCCUAACGGAACCUGGUUAUUCAAUCUUCUCUUCGCCGUUUUCUUCGGCCUUACAACUUUCUUCUACAUCAGGUCCAUGGUCGAUGACCCUGGCUUUGUACCUAAACUCAACGGCAUUGCCGAGCAGAAGGCCGUCAUCGAUGAGCUGAUCAGCCAGUGGAAGUAUGACGAGUCGCAUUUCUGUGUUACGUGCAUGAUCCGCACGCCGUUGCGAAGCAAGCAUUGCCGCAGAUGCCAGCGCUGCGUUGCGAAACACGAUCAUCACUGCCCUUGGGUCUACAAUUGCAUCGGUAUCAACAAUCACCGGCAUUUCUUCGUCUACCUCAUCAGCCUCACUUUUGGCGUACUCACCUAUGAUUGGCUUACCUAUCUCUAUUUCUCCUCCGUCUCCCCGACCGCCUCAGAAGAAUGCAACAUCCUCGCCCCCAGCCUCUGCCGCAUCAUCAACGCCGACGCGUACAGCCUGCUCCUGGCCAUCUGGGCCUCUCUGCAACUCACCUGGGUAACCAUACUCUUAUUCGUGCAAUUCAUCCAGGUCUCGCGCGCCAUGACAACCUACGAGAACAUGUUUGGCGUCAACCACCGCUCCGCGACCUCGACCUCGCUCGCCAGCGCCUUCACCUCGACCGGCGCCCCGCUCGACCCCGCGCACAACCCGCCCCCGACAACAGACUCAGACUCGGACGUGCUGGGCCACCAUGGCCAUCGCCAUGCACACCGCCACGGUGGAGGGUUUAUAAAGACGUGGGCUCGUCUGCUUGGUGUUGAUAUCUUCGUCGAGAUGGCCAGGGGCAGGAGCGCUGCGACGGCCGGCGUCGCGCAUGGUCCGGGCAAGCUCAGAAAGAAUCGGAAUCCGUUCAACAGGGGGUGUUUGACCAACUGUAAGGACUUUUGGUGCGACCCUGCGCCCGUGUUCGGGAGGAGGGAGACGGGCGCCGCGCUGCUCGGUGGCAGGCCGGUGAAUUAUACGGAAAUGUAUGAGAGUCCGGCGGUGAUGGAGAUUUUGGGCGGGGGUGGGGGGGGUGCAGGUGCAGGCGGGAGUAGCAGGCGAGGCGGGUAUGAGCGUGUUGCUGGGGACGAGGUUUAGUCUUCUCUUUCUGCUUCGCUAAGGAGGACCUGGGCCGCGGCAGUGCGGCUUGUGCAAUGCGUUUGCAAUGAUGAUGACAUAGCGACGGUGUUUGUGGACAAGGUACCGGUAGGCUCUUGCCGUGAGGCCUCGACAAGUGCGCAGUCCGCUCUCUGGUCUUCGAAUGACUUUGGAUGAGGAAAGGGUCGAAGAAGAAGUUGCUGGGCGGGUGUGUUUGGGGGUGGUGUAUCGCUUACUUGUGGUAGCAUAUGGCUAGAGUAUUAGCUAUUACUCAAUUAAUUCUCUUAGUGAG